UAGAUAUAUAAGCAUUUAUUUAUCCUUAUAAAGAAGUAAACUCAACACAUUUUAUUCUUGCUUGAUUUCAACAGUGACAAGAGAUGUUAGGGAAUCAAAUUCCUCUGCAACUGAGAGGCGUAUGACAUAUUUGUCUCAGAAUUCCUCGCUCAGUGAGAAUGAGAAGCUUGUUUCAACAGUUUAUAAUGCCCCAAAACCACUGGCCCAAGUUUCAAAUGCAGGUCCCCAAUAUGCAGAAAGUCUAAUGAAAUUUGUUAAAGAUCUAGGACCAACAGCUCAAAGUGUUGCCAACAAGAAACUAGGAAAAUGUCCAAUUGAAGCUCCAAAUAUUCUUUCUUGGACUCCAACACCACCACCAGGUUUUGGUAAGACUGCUGAUAGUCUACUUCCUGCACCAUCGGCCCUCCAGAAUCCUGCUUAUCUGAAUGGUGGUAAUGGUGGUCAAAUGCCUUGCAAUAUCAUUUCUAACCCUCCUGGUUCUUACAAAGGAAAGAUGGUCUGUACUGACGGAGGAAUGAAUAAUUUUGGAAGAGAAUUGAUCCCUCCUCACAACAGUUUAGCAGGGGCAAGGCCUCAGACUGCUGAUGGAGGAAUGAAUAGUUUUGGAAGAGGAUUGAUCCCUCCUCACAACAGUUUAGCAGGAGCAAGGCCUCAGACCACUGGUGGAGGAAUGAAUAGUUUUGGUAUAGGAUUGAUCCCUCCUCACAACAGUUUAACAGGAGCAAGGCCUCAGACCACUGAUGGAGGACUGAAUAGUUUUGGAAGAGGAUUGAUCCCUUUUCACAACAGUCUAGCAGGAGCAAGGCCUCAGACCACUGAUCGAGGAAUGAAUAGUUUUGGAAGAGGAUUGAUCCCUCCUUACAACAGUUUAGCAGGAGCAAAGCCUCAGACCACUGAUGGUGGACUCAUUGAUUACAAUUUGCUUGGAAAGCAAGGUCCUAACAAAAGCACAAACAGAGAUGCUUCUGGUUCUUCCAAAUCCAGUGACAAUAUGGACCUUUUUAUUGCAACUCUCAUGCAAAUUAGUGCUAUUCAAAAUCGAACUAACCAUACUCCAUCAGGUACUUAUUUUCCUCUUACAGGAUAUGAGGAUUUUCCUUCUGCUCCGUUAUCUCAGAUCAACAAGGAAUCCCAGUCAUGGCUGCUAAACAACCGUUCCCAGCCUACAAGCUUGCCCUAUCAAACUAGUCAACUUUCAAGUACUAGUAAAGCCACCAGCUCCACCUCCUCCUUGAGUGGGUUUCCAAAUGGAGAGGGGUCAAGCAAUGCUGCUCCAGCUGCUACUGCAUUUAACCAGAACAUGCCAAUGGAAUGGAAACAAUCUGCAGCAACCCAGAAUGUGCUCUUGCAGCAACAAGCACAAGUUCUACCAACUCAAGAAAAACCAAUGUUCAAUGCAAUGAACUUUGUUGGAGGAGCUAAGCCCCAAGGUCAUCAGGCAGAGUCCAGUUCUCAAGGCUUUUGGAAGGCUAUACAGUCUUCCUUAAUGGAUAACAAGAAGCAGCCUGAUUUGGAUCUCCAGCUUUAAGCUCGAUGCCUCCCUGGCUCCCUGCCCUGAAUAAGAGGAGGACUUCUUCCUUGUUUGUUUCUAGUAAGAAUUGAUAAAUUUAUUUCUAUGUAAAGAGAUUGCUGCAAUUGGCCUCUGGCCUGUUUUUAAAAGAUGCUACAGACUACUACAGUAGCUAUUUAUGGAUUUUGUUUCCUAAAA